UUCCUCUUCCAUCUUUCAAAAUGUUUGGCGGAUUUCUCCGUUCAAGCACUUCUGCGCUGUUCUCGGUAUCACGAACACUGCCCAGGACAGCAAUACCGACGCGGCUAGCUAUACGGCUCGUCUCGAGUGUCUCUCGCCUCACCGACACCCUUUACAUAGCCAAUCUGCCGUACAACAUGACUGACGACGACGUACGGUAUGAACUCGGGAGCUUUGGAGCGAUUAAGAACGUGAAGAUGGGCGUGAACUCCAAUGGUAUACCGAUGGGCUACGCACAUGUUACAUUUGAAUCUCAGGAAUGUGCUGAGCGUUUAUUCAAGUCCCACCAGGAGGAGCCGUUCGUGUUCGGCACCCGCCAAGCGAGAAUCGAACUCAGCAUCCCCUCGAAGGCACGGGAAACGCGCGAGUCUGGCGAGACGAAGUCGCUCCCUACGCGAACUCUCUAUGUCGGGAACCUUCCGUAUAACAUGACAGAAGACGACAUACGGUAUGAGCUCAGCAGUUUUGGCGAGAUCCUCCGUGUACAAAUGGGCAUGAACUCUCGCGGUCUCGCACUUGGCUUCGCACAUGUUGAAUUUGUGGAAGUGUCUCAGGCUAUGAGCGUUUUCAAGGCGCACGAAGAGCAGCCAUUCGUGUUUGGCGGCCGUCAGACCCUCAUGGACUACGGAAAACCCUCAAAACGGGAUGAGAAGCGGGGCCCCUCGGAUACGCUCUUCAUUGGUGGAUUCCCUGAUGGUGCAGAGGCCGAGUUGAGGGAAGCGGCCAGCAAGUUUGGGAGACUUAUGCGGGUUCAUGUCGCGUACGAUGCGGAGGGCAAAUCUCGACGCUUCGCGCAUGUACAAUUCUCCCAGCAAGAGAGUGCUGAAAGGGCGUUUGAGCAUUUUAUGAGAGAACCGCUUGUCCUGGACGGUCUCCAGAUGAACAUUGACUUCCAGGAGACAAAAAACCCUGCACCUAAAGACCCAAACCAAAAAUUGUAUUUUUAUGACUUCAUUGGAGACGAAAAGGCCAUGCGUGAAAUGCUGGGCCCAUACGCGGCAAAUGUGGUCAGCGUAUACUUCCUGCGCAACAACUACUCGGAAAAAGCGAACGCAGGCUUCAUUCACAUGAGCGACGUCGAGAGCGCGACAGACUUGAUGGAGAAGCUAAAUGGGACACGAACAGGGGAGGGUACCACCUUCAAGUUGGAAUACGCUCGUCGUCGAGAAUUCGACAAGCCUCGUUCGCCUCGAAGAUCCUUUGAUGACGAUGAGAUGUUCUGAAUGUAAUAUACUCGAUAUUAAAAGUAGACAUAUCUAACUAUUAUAUUCAUUACCCCACUCCACCAUUGAAAACGAUUUGGG